UAUUGUUGCCAAUCCGAAGGGCAGUUUUUUAGAAAAGACUUUGGAAGACAAAACUAUCGGUGUGAAUACAUCCUCACCGGCUUAUUGAAACGCCGCAGUAGUUUACGGGACCAAACUGCUUUGGAGACACUGCGAAAGGCUGCGUCCAUUCCAUUCCUCUCAUCUCAAGUGCCCAUUUGAAUCAAUCAGCGAGGCGUUGAACGACUAGAAAGGUCCUUGUGCAUCAGUUGACUUGUCUGGGAGACGACCCAAGCCAAGCCAAGGCAAACCAAGGCAAACCCAGCUAUCGGUACCAGCUAUUGUAUCGAGAGUGCUACGUUUGGGGUUGGUUGCUCGUCAUGGAUUGAAGAGCGGAGUAAGAGAUACACUGUAAAUCAACAGCCACGUUAGAAAGAGCACAACAAUUUACUACCACUAAUCAUCAUGGACACUGGGGAAACGAUCGAUUCUCUUCGGGUCCAUGUCCGUCGUGGACUGGACCGUUUCUGUAUGGGUCUUUACUUUACCGAGUAUGGAUUACAAGAGACGAGUGUAUUGAUUCCGGACGACGCGGAUCCUGAGAAUUUGGAGUCUUGUGGUUUGAUGGACAAGAAGAGUCCCUUUCAAGUGUUUCUCAAGGCGGUCGCUUCGGAGAUUAUCAAGGAAAAGGGAGUCACCAAGGGACGCAAAAAAGCCGUCAAGGAAUACUUGGAAAUUCUGCAGGCGUUUGCCGGUGAAUGGGUCGAGUACAUUCGAAAGAACAUGCGCAAAAAACUUCAAAACAAAUCCUCCAUUUUGGGAAGUCCCGACGGCAAGUUUCAUCCGGCAUCUCCCGAUCCUCAUCAUGGCGACGUUCAUGGCGACAACAAGAAGAAGAAGGGAGGCAAGAGAGGUCCUCGUGGUCCUUAUAAAAAGCGAAAACAAAAGGAAACUCCACUCCCAUUCAACAGCCCCACUGCCAGUAGUCACAACAGCACACCCAGUCCCACCAAAAAGACCAAAGCACGGCCCACCGACAUGGAAACUGCCAGACGGGAAUUUGAAGCCGAAAAGACAGAUGUCACCAGCAAAAUCCCAGAAAAAAACAAGAGACUCUUCAACCAAGUUGGAUUUGCAAAAUGGGGAAAAAUCAAUUUGCCCGCCAUGAUCCUAAACCCAUUCAGUGUGCCGCCAGGGGAUAUUAGGGAUCAGUGGAUGAAAAUGUUUCAAAAUGUCGUUGAGAAGGACAGAAUAAAGAAAAUGGGUCAUCUCGUGUGGUGGGUUGGACCGCAAACAGAUGGACAGAGUUCCUACUCGGUCGUGCCCAGUCACGGCUUUAUUUCCUACGAAGAAGCCACCAAGAAAAAUAUGCACGAAUUGCCAUCCAAAAUUAAGAGACUGCUAGAACGGGGAAAGGAUCUGAAUAAGCAACAACAGGAAACCAUGGAAGCCCUACGAAUCUUGAAUGAGUUGGCGUUGGUGGAGCCUGAUGACCGUGAGCAUCCAAGAUCGGAUUUCAUGGAAGAAGACUACUGGGGAUUUGACGACGAUGAGGAAGGAGGAAACGAAGAAGAAGAAACAGAGGAUGUCAAACCGGCAGCUGUGGAACCCGCUAAGACUAAGAGAGAUGACGACGACGACGAGGACGGCAAUCAAGAGGAAGACGAGGAGCUUCUCGAUGAUGAAGAGGACUUGGUGGAAGCCGAAGCAAACAAACCAGUCAAGAAGAAAAAGGGCAAAAAGCGAAAGAAAGACACUGUGGUGGACGAAGAAGGCGAAGAGGAUCAAACCGAAAUAAUCUACGAUGAUAUCGAGGAAGCCACACCGGCACCGCCGCCAAAGAAGAAGAAGAAAAAGGACAAGACUAAACUGGAGCGGGGCAAAAAGAAGAAGAAAAAGAAAAAGUCCAUGGAUGGCGGUGAAGCAGGGGAUGCUGAGAUACAGCAACAACCGUCCGACGAACAGCAAAACGAUGCCACAAUGGCUAAUAGCGGGGAGCAAGACGUUGAAAUGGCCGAUGCAGGUCAAGCGGACACCGCCGCACAGCAACAACCGGGAGAAGACGAACACGAGGCCGACGGGGUGGCAGCUCUGGCUCCGGCAAUAUCCAAAGAUGAGGCGCUGUUGGAAGAAGCAGAUAGCCAAUCGGCGGAGAGUGCAGACAGCGACUACGGUGGCGAUGACACGGAUGAGCUGCUUGGUUCCGAAGAUCCAACAGCCAGCAAGAAGAAAUCCAAGAAGAUGAAAAAGAAAGGUGCUAAGAAGAAGGGCGAAUCAAAUGACGACGAUGAGAAGAUGAAAGGAAAGGGAAAGAAAAAGAAAGAUAAGAAAAAGGACAAGCCGCCGAAGGAGCCCAAGAAACGGACAAAAGCCGCGGAACAGCGUGACCUCGAGAAAUGCGAAGAAGAAUACCUACCAAUCAUCGAGGAACUGCAGAUGGCGAACGAGAUGAAAGAUGCUUCGUUGAUUCAGCAGGUUCUGGAAGCACUAAUACCCGUGGCCGAGUCUUUUUGUGCGUCAUUCUUCAGCGAGUACGAGAUUCCGCAAUUGAUGAAAGCGACCAAGAAGGUUCUCGAGGAGACCGAAGGACCAGACUUGGCAAUCUACAAAAAGCUGUGGAAUAUCAUGAAAGAGGUUUAUGGUGCAAAGGUCAAGCUGAUGCCCGAAGGAUUCAAGGCAAAGAAGUGUACCAAGGCCGCCAAAUCGAAGCAAUCCGACAAAGCAGAGGACGGACAGCCGACAAUUGGCAGUGCAGUAAAGGAAGAGAUUGUUGCAUCAGCUCACUCCACACCGCUUCAGCGACCAGAACCAGCUGUUGUGUCGGCAUCACAGGAAGCUGCAACUCCUGCAACACCGGCUGUGAAGGCCGCAUUCAAAGACGAUGCUAGACGAAUUUCAUCCGGUGGUGAUCAGCAGCAAGCGCCCAAGACGGCCGAGAAAGCUGCACCGGCCAAGCCAAAACCAAAGAAAUUCUCUGUCAUGGACUUUACGAACAAGAAAAAGGAUAACAAGCGUGCGUCUGUUGGUGGGGGUGCCGACAAAGUCGUAUCAUCGACUAUGGUUGGCAGCGCAACGAAGAGGAAAACAGCUCCUUCAUGGGUCACAGCGCCUCUUCCAACUCAAUUCGACAACUUUGCCAGUUGCCCCAGACGCGAAGAUCGGCUAUUUGCCAUGGAGUUUCUCCUGCAGGCAGCAGCCCACUUUCCCAGCAAUAAGGGUGUCAACGAAGAAUCAGUGGCUCGGUCUCUAGAAUUGGCAAUCUACGAAUGGUCAGAACCAAAGAGCAAUUGGUCAGAGGCGUACUGGGACAAGAUUCAUGCGAUUGUUGCGGCGCUGACAGGAAAGCGGGAGUUGGGCACUCUGAUCGGAAUGAUCAUGGAUGGGGCGUUUGCCUCUCCGAAAUCUGUCGUCGCGCUCUCUGUGGAGAAUCUCGAGCACUCGUUUGAAGGCCGACCUCUGUCCUUGAGUGGAGAGUAGCGAUGAAGCAGGGCGUUUAUUCAUUCAUCCAUCCAUUGUCUCUGCACAAGUAAUCCUCGGCUGGCAGAAUUCUGGGAGCAAGCAAUUCUGCUUAUGAGCCGUACCGGUAGCUAGUGGCAUGUCCUUCAUGAGUACAUGAAUGUAUUUGCACGCAAUUUUGUACCGUAGCAUCUUCAUCGUUGAGGGUUCUGGUAGCGCAGUGGAUAGAAUAGAAUCGAAUCAUUCACCAGACGAACGGCAGCACAUCCAGCGUACGGUACAGGUCGAUGCGUGCUUUGAAGUGCGGUAAAGCCAAAGCAAGGAGCAGAGAUGUGGCUUUGGCAAGCCAGAGUACGUCUCAUGGAACGACGUUACGACGUAGUCUCUACGAUGUGCAUCGCUCUCGACGAGAAGGCCAUUGUGCCACAACGUAUGCGGGGAACUGUAUCGGUACUGGAGUAAGUGCUGUUAUCAACAAGGACAACUAACUAUACAUUUGGGUUCACUUCAUUUCCCGAUGGGUCGUAUAGGAUAGGCUUCAUUUGUUCGAUGUCAAUGUCCACUGUGCAACCCAGAGCCUUCAUAAAUCCGUUGUGGUUGAUAUAGAGCUUGGGUAGGCCAUCAUCCAUGCUAUCCUUGGGUGGCUUUGGAGUACCGUCAUCAAGCAACUCAAGAGACACACUGGCGAGGGGGGAAAUAAGUAUUAGAGAGACAGAACAAGUGAGUGAUUAUUGCGUGCUUGACAGUUUCCCAUCCACUUGAUUGGCGUACCCUUCAUCAUCCUCGGCUAUCUGAUCUUGGCUUACAAAGUCAAAUGAGAAAACCAUGCGAGGUUGGCCGCUAGAUGCCUGAUCAUAGUUCAGCAUUACACCUGGUAGAUCCUCAACAGGGCAAUGUGGUAAGUAAGUAUUGAUAAUAUUUCGACAAAAUAUGCCAGAAGACUGGAAUUCAAUUCAGAUCAUCAUGAUUGAUGAUUGCAAGCGUACGUACCUACGAUAUCAGGUCUUGGUGGAUUUUCCAACAGCAACUUGAAGAAUUUUCGGGCCUUGUCGGUCAGUUUGACUGCUGCCUUGGGUGGAACGAAUUUUCUUCGCUUGGACUUCUUCACCGCAGUAGUCGUUGCGGAUUCCUUGGAACUGGUGUCGAAUGGAGAAGACCAUGGGUUGCUCGUACUGUGAAAAUGCACUGUCUUGGCUGCAUUCGUCUGGAGAGAACGGUGUCGAUGCUGCAAGCCAUUCGAGUAGUUGGUUCCAAGGAAUGUGCUCAAUGCACGAGAUCCGGUCGGAAGUGCCUUUCCCAACCCUCUGGACGCUGUUCUAUCCAACACCGUCAAUGAAAGACUUGUCAAUGGCUUCAUGCUUCAAUGUUCUGCUACCUGAUACUUUACUUCUACCGGUAUGUCGUCUUUGCACGCAGAAUGAAGAGAAUGAUGGCCGUCGAAGAAACUCGAGGGGGCGGCGUGGGAUUGGGAUCGAAGUCUUUGGUGGUUUUAUUGCUAACCUUAAACAUACGUUUAAGGGAAAGGGGAUUUUGCUUCGUGACAGACGAGUCACGGACAUGGAAAAACGUGCUUG